UUUGGUCACAUAUGACGAAGCAGCUUGGCUUUCUAAGUUCAUCGUUGCCUCCGAAACCUGUACGUGGGAUGGCUUGGUAUCCAGCAACCAUCUCUGGAUAAAACGUGAUAUCGUUUGGUUAAUCAUAAGGUUAAUUUGGUGAAAGUUUUCUUCUAAAUCCAGUAAAAUGUCGCGACUUAGUGGGGCAAUGAAGCUGGCAAAACUGAGAGAGUUGAUGGAAUCUGUAGCAGUUGGUGGGCUCAAGGCAAAAGGCAUUCAAGCUGUGAUAGUAAAUACUGAGGAUGCUCAUCAAUCAGAGUAUCUGAGAGAGGCUGAUGAACGUCGUAAAUUUAUAUCUGGAUUCAAAGGAUCCCUUGGUACAGCCGUAAUCACUGCCAAUCAAGCAUUACUUUGGACAGAUGGACGAUACUUUGCCCAAGCUUUGUCUGAAUUGGAUCCUCCAGAGGCAUGGAUUUUAAUGAAAGAAGGUGUUAUAGGAACACCUACACAAGCUGAAUGGUUAGCUAAAAAUUUACCGCCCAAGUCUACUGUGGGUGCAGAUCCCAGUUUGUUGAGUUACAACGUCUGGUUAACAUUGCACACAACACUAACAACUGCUGGUCAUUCUCUACUUGCGCUGCAAGAGAAUUUGGUAGACCAAGUUUGGGGUGACGAACGACCAUCAAUACCAAAAAAUAAAAUUGUGCCUCAAACAUUACGGUACACAGGAAAGAAGGCUGGAGAGAAAGUGGAACUCUGUCGGGAAGCCAUGGUGAAAAAUGGAGCAACUGUUUUGGUAAUAACUGCUCUGGAUGAGGUAGCAUAUCUACUCAAUCUUAGAGGAUCAGAUAUUGCCUACAAUCCAGUCUUUUUUGCAUACGUAAUCAUAACGCUUCAAGAUCUUCACUUCUUUGUCGACAAGUCAAGACUUACACCUGAAGCAGAGCGACAGCUACGCGACGAAGGCGUCAAUCCCAAAUUUCAUUCUUACGAAGAAAUGCGUCCGUUUGUGAAGCAACUAGCAUCAACAUUAACAGAAAAUGAUAAAGUAUGGAUUAAUAACGAAGCGAACUGUGCGUUACAUGCAGAGUUUGGUGACGUACGAAAACACACAGCUAUCACUCCAGUAUGUCUAAUGAAGAGUGUAAAGAAUGAAGUAGAAAUCGCAGGCUUGAAACAUGCACACAUCAAAGAUGCUGUAGCCCUGGUGAAGUAUUUUGCAUGGCUGGAGGAUCAGAUAAAAAAUAAGGUUCUAGUUACUGAAAUCUCUGGAGCAACGCAACUGGAAAAAUUCCGACAAAAAGAGGAAGGAUACGUAGGACUCAGUUUCAACACAAUUUCCUCCAUGGGAGCUCACGGUGCUAUAAUACAUUAUGCCCCAUCACCUGAAUCUGAUAUACCUAUUACGGAUGAAUCAUUUUAUCUCUGUGAUUCUGGAGCCCAAUUCUAUGACGGUACAACAGAUGUAACGCGCACCUUGCAUUUUGGCAUUCCAACAGACUACGAACGUGAAUGCUUUACACGUGUCUUUAAGGGGCAAUAUGCUCUUUCAACGGCAAUCUUUCCAGUAUUGCUAAAAGGCAACUACCUUGAUACCCUGGCACGCAAGAGCUUAUGGGAUGUAGGGCUGAAUUAUCUUCAUGGAACUGGUCAUGGAAUUGGUGCAUAUUUGAAUGUUCACGAAAUGCCGAUACAUAUAUCCUGGAGACCGUAUCCGAACGACCCUGGUCUUCAAGCCGGAAAUUUUAUUUCUAAUGAACCUGGUUAUUACGAGGAUGGAAAGUUUGGCAUACGGUUAGAGAAUAUCGAAUUAGUCGUGAAAGUAAACACACGCUACCAACGUGAAAAUCAAGAGUUCCUUACUUUUGAAACUGUAACACUUGUUCCGAUUCAAACAAAUAUUCUGGAUAUGUCUUUACUUACCCAAGAUGAGAUUGAGUAUCUUAAUCGUUACCAUGAAAAAUGUUGGAAUAUAUUGAGUCCUCUUCUGCAAGGAGAGGAUAAUACACAAGCUUUAGCUUGGCUAAGGAGAGAAACGCAGCCCAUAUCAAAAGACUGUAUUUCAUAAGACCUAAAUAAUUUUUAUAUUCUGUAUUUUUCUGGUUUGCAGUAAUAAUAUAUUCACGCCUGAUGUUUUGCAACAAA